AUGCUGGAUUUUGUUCGCUGCGGAAUCCACGGGUUUGACGAGGUGCUCGGAAUUGAUAGCGAUGAAAUACGCUUUUUUUGGACCAUUAAAACAGAUGAGCCAAAUGCCGAACAAACUGCCUAUCGCGUGGUGCUGAGCACCAACCCCACCAUUUUUGAAGAUGACAAUCUGGACGUUUCCAAACUCGAAUGGGACUCAGGGCGCGUGGAAGGAGCGGAUCAGAGGAACAUCAUCUGCAAGCCCGACGAUGGCUUCAAGUCGACUUGCAGCUACUACUGGCGAGUGACUAUGUGGACACAGAGCAAUGAUGCCCACCACAGUCCCGUUCAGAACUUCUUCACUGGUUAUCCACGCUCUCGACUUCUGCCUCCCUAUAGCAUGAACCAGACAUACAUGCCGCAUUCGAGUCUGAUCUUUCGAACAUGGUUCGAGGACGAGGCGAAUCGCUGGAAGGCCGUUUGGAUUGGCGAUGGGGGCGAUAAGCCGAUUUACCUCCGCAAGUCAUUCGAGCUCCAACGAUCUCCCACCCGCGCCAUUCUCUUUGCCUCUGGUUUGGGUCAUUUCAAUAUGACUAUGAACGGCCAACCGACCUCGAACCACCGAUUGGACCCUGGCUGGACCAACUACCAUCGCCGUAUCCAAUUUACCUCUUACGAUGUCACGGACCGCAUUAAGGCCGGAGAAAAUAUCCUCGGUGCCCAUGUGGGUAACGGAUUCUAUGCUGGUGACAAGGGAGGAGAUGAUAGAUUCUUCUGGCCCAUGUAUGAAGAUAAUACGUAUGUCCGGUACGGCAAUGAGCUCUGCUUCUUCUGUGAACUGCAUCUUUUCUAUGAGGAUGGUAAUCAUGAUACUCUCAUCUCGGAUCCGACGUGGUCUGUCCGGAAAAGUGCUACGACCCUUGCCAACAUCUACGCUUCGGAGAAUCAUGAUCGACGACUUUAUCCGAAUGGCUGGGACUCUGCUGGAUUUGAUGCUAGUGCGUGGAGCCCGGCUAAGCCACUGACUGGACCGCGAGGUCAGAUCUUCUACCAAUCACAGCCACCUGUGAUCUUACACGAAACGUUCGAGCCUGUCAAAACAUAUAGCCCUCGUCCGGGAACUGUCUGCUAUGAUUUGGGACAAAAUGCUUCAACGAUGGUCCAAGUUGUGGUCGAGGGUUCCGCUGGAUCUGAGGUCAUUGUUCGAUACUCAGAAACUGUGGAUGAAGAGGGGAUGGUCUUGAUGCCAGAUCCUCUGUUCAAAGAAUUUGAAACAGGAGUUUUCUCCAGAAUAUAUCUGGCGGGCACUGGCGAGCCAGAGAUAUGGGAGCCUGACUUCAGCUUCACAAGUGCACGUUAUAUUCAAGUGGAAGGUGUAUCAUUGAACCAAGGUGACGAUCUUCCGCUCGUUCAUUCUGUUGUUGGUCGUCAUAUCUCCUCCGCUGCAAGGAAGCUCGGUACUAUGAAAACAGAUAAAGAGGACGUCAACUCUCUCCUUAACGCUCUCCACUGGACAUUCAGCAGCAAUCUGUUCAGCUACCACACCGACUGCCCGCAGAUUGAGAAAUUCGGCUGGCUCGAGGUGACACAUCUGCUUGCUCCCGCAACACAAUACACCCGUGAUAUGGAAUCACUAUACACCAAGAUCCUCGACGACAUUCUUGACGCACAAGAGCCUAGUGGCCUUGUCCCGACCAUGGCCCCAGAGAUCCGGUACAUGUGUGGCCCCCUCCACGACACCAUCACCUGGGGCUGUGCUCUGUGUCUUCUCCCCGACAUCCUCCUCCGCUUUUACGGCUCCACACAUGUCAUCGCAAAGGUCUACCCAGCCGCCGUACGCUACAUGGAGUACAUGCGCACGAAAGAGCGCAAGGGCGGACUGAUCGAGCACGGCCUGGGAGACUGGGGCCGCGACAUCGCCUUCGGCAACCACCAAGCCAACAUCGAGACCGCCAUCUACUUCCAGUGUCUCAAAUGCGUCGAAAUGAUGGCUCGCGAGCUCGGAAAAUCCGACGAGGCAGACAAAUUCAACAAAUGGGCCCAGCGCAUCUACGACGUCUACAACCAGCAUCUCCUCGUCACGGACGAUCCCUCGCGCCCUUACGCAUACUAUACCUCCCUUGACAACUUCCCCCAGCGUGACCGCACAGCCAUCGCCCAGGCAAUGGCUCUCCAAAUCGGACUGGUCCCGGAAGAGCACAAGAAGGACGUCAUGGCCGCGUUCCUGGAUGAUGUCGCCGACGGGAAAAUCCGCGCCGGUGAGAUCGGACUCCGUUACCUGUUUAAUACCCUCGCGGACGCGAAGCGCCCUGAUCUGGUGCUCCAGAUGGCUCGCCAAGAGGAACAUCCCUCAUACAUGCGCUUCCUGCGCCGCGGCGAGACGACCCUCUUGGAGUUCUGGCAGGAUGCGUGCCGGAGCAAGUGCCAUGAUAUGCUUGGUACGAUCUAUGAGUGGUUUUAUAAUUCUGUGCUUGGCUUGAAGCCGAUCGAUAAUGCUUAUCGCUUGUUUGAGAUUGAUCCGCCUUAUGAGGCGGAGUUUGACCAUGUGAGCGGAACUGUUGAUUGUCCAUAUGGGUUGAUCGAGAUUGAUUUCCGGAGGAGUGGGGAUAGCGUGGCUCUGAGUUUUGAUGUUCCUUUUGGAACAGAGGCUCUAGUAAGGAUCCCUCCUGCGAAGUCCUAUGAGGUGAAACGCGAGGGAUCGGCUCAUCGGGUUGAGGGGGGGACUCAUUUCCUUGUUGGCCAUGGUUCGUACACUGUUGAUAUUAAGCUAUGA